AAAAUAUUUUUUGGCGCCAAAAUUAUCACAUUUGUAGAGGUUUAUAAGGUCACACCAUUUUCCAUCUCUCUCCACUCAAGAUGAAUCGCCAGAAAUCAAUACUCUCAUUCUUCCAAAAAACCGCACCGGAGAGUUGCACUUCCGGCGGCCGGCGAGCUCCCACAUCGUCGGUCCAGCAACCCAACGGAAAUGUCACCACCGCCCCCAAGCCACCUCCGUCGGCUGAUGACGUCAGAGGAACCGACACGCCGCCGGAGAAGGUGCCUCGUCAGGUUUUACCGGCAAGCUUCGCGCGAAGUGAGAACAACUCCGGCUCCAACCUGUUUGAGAGUAUCAUGCAUAAAUUCGUCAAGGUCGAUGACACCGUGAAUGUUAGUCAGAGGAGCCAUUCAUCAAAUGACAGUUUCCCCAAACCUUCUCUAUCAGGAAUAUCUAUUGAUACUAACAGUAAAGGGCUGCAGAAGGAGGAGUCAGCUUUUGAGCCUUUGGUGAAAGUGAAAGACAAUGCUUUCAGUUUCAAGGAAAAGCGUAAUCUGGAAAAAGUAGCCCCUGUUGAAAUAAUUGAGGAUGAUAUUACCGGACCGGAAACCCCGGGGAUGCAGCCCCUUGCUUCUCAUGCAAAGCGAACUCGAGAGGAGGGUUCCAAGUUUUGUUCCUUGCGGGAUUCUGGCAAACGAGUCAGGUUCCUUGAGGAUUUAAAUGCGUUGGACAUGACUAAGAAGGAAGCAGAAGUGGCUAGCAAGUUUGAAUGGCUUGAUCCUUCUCGAAUUAGGGACGCCAGCGGGAGAAGGCCUGGUGAUCCUUUGUAUGACAAGACUACGCUUUAUGUUCCUCCAGAAGUUAUGAAAAAAAUGUCAGCGUCGCAGAAACAGUAUUGGAGCAUCAAAUGUAAAUAUAUGGAUGUUGUGCUGUUCUUUAAAGUGGGAAAGUUUUAUGAGCUUUAUGAAGUGGAUGCUGACAUUGGCCAUAAAGAGCUUUAUUGGAAAAUCACAAUUAGCGGAGUGGGAAAAUGUCGGCAGGUUGGUAUAUCUGAAAGUGGGAUUGAUGUUGCUGUUCAAAACCUGGUUGCUCGUGGAUAUAAGGUGGGACGAGUGGAGCAAUUGGAGACAUCUGAAGAAGCAAAAGCUAGAGGAGCUAAUUCUGUUAUUUUGAGAAAAUUAGUUCAGGUAGUCACUCCAUCAACCGCUGUGGAUGGUAACAUUGGCCCUGAUGCUACUCAUCUUCUUGCAAUAAAAGAGGGAAACCAUGGGUCGGAUGAUGGCUCAGUUGUGUAUGGAUUUGCUUUUGUUGAUUGUGCUCGUCUUAGGUUUUGGGUUGGCUCAAUUGACGAUGAUGCAUCCUGUUCUGCUUUGGGUGCUUUAUUGAUGCAAGUGUCACCCAAGGAAGUUAUAUAUGAAAGCAGAGGAUUGUCCAAAGAAGCUCAGAAAGCCCUUAGAAAAUUCUCAGGAAAUGGUUCCACAACACUAUUGACUCCAGUGCAGUCGAUCAAUGACUUGGUGAACACUGAAAUUAAUGAUUUAAUUCUCUCAAAGGGAUACUUCAAAGGGUCGUCUGAUCCACUGGAUCAUGUCAUGAGCAAAGUGAUUCAUCGUGAAAUCACUUUGUCUGCUCUUGGCGGGCUGAUUGGUCAUUUGGAUAGAUUGAUGUUAGAUGAUAUCCUACAGAAUGGGGAUUUAUAUCCAUACCAAGUUUAUAAGGCUUGCCUCAAAAUGGAUGGUCCAACAUUGAUAAAUCUAGAAAUCUUUAGCAAUAGUGAUGAUGGUGGCAAAUCAGGUACAUUGUACAAAUAUCUUGAUAAUUGUGUGACUUCCCCCGGAAAGCGGCUUCUUCGGAACUGGAUCUGCUGUCCUUUAAAAGACGGCGAAGGAAUUAAUAACAGGCUUGAUGUAGUUGAUAAUCUAAUAGCUUGCCCAGAGAUUGUGUCUCAUAUUGCUCAACAUCUUCGCAAGCUUCCAGAUUUAGAACUAUUGCUGGGUCGAAUUAAGUCCACCCUUCAAGUGUCAAGCCCUGUCUUACUGCCCUUGCUGGUCAAGAAAAUACUGAAGCAGAGGGUGAAAGUGUUUGGGUCACUUGUGAAAGGCCUUCGGACUGCUUUGAGUUUGUUACUUCUUCUACAGAAAGAACAGCCUCUAAUAUCAUCCUUGAACAAAGUUUUUAAACUUCCAAUUCUGACUGGCAUUAAUGGGCUUGAUAAAUUUCUUACUCAGUUUGAAGCAGCUGUAGAUAGUGACUUUCCAAAUUACCUGAACCACAAUGUUACAGAUUCAGAUGCCGAAACACUCACAAUACUUACCGAGUUACUUUUGGAGAAAGCUGCUCAAUGGUUUGAAGUUGUUAACGCCAUCAAUUGCAUUGAUGUACUAAGAUCCUUUGCUAUGGCUUCUAGUUUUUCAUGUGGAACUAUGUCUAGGCCUGUCAUAGUGCCAAGAUCAGAGUGUACAAGUAAAGACAGUGGAGGACCUGUGCUUAAAAUGAAGGGACUAUGGCAUCCAUUUGCCCUAGGAGAGAGUGGAUGUUUGCCCGUUCCUAAUGACAUAAUCCUUGGUGAGAAUGAAGACAGGCGCCAUCCUUGUACAUUGCUGCUCACUGGACCAAACAUGGGUGGAAAGUCAACACUUCUGCGUGCUACAUGUCUAGCUGUUAUUAUGGCCCAGCUAGGAUGUUAUGUGCCAUGUGAAAAUUGUGUUAUCUCAGUUGUGGAUAUCAUCUUCACUCGGCUUGGAGCCACAGAUAGAAUCAUGGCUGGCGAGAGCACCUUCUUUAUUGAGUGUACAGAAACUGCUUCGGUGCUUCAGAAUGCUACUCAAGAUUCUCUUGUUAUCCUUGAUGAAUUGGGUCGGGGAACAAGCACUUUUGAUGGCUAUGCCAUUGCAUAUGCUGUUUUCCGGCAUCUGAUUGAGAAAGUUAACUGUCGCUUGCUAUUUGCCACGCAUUACCAUCCACUGACGAAAGAGUUUGCCUCUCAUCCUCGUGUGACAAUGCAACACAUGGCUUGUGCUUUCAAGUCGAAAUCCGACACCCUUUCAAAACGUGAUCAGGAGCUAGUCUUCCUAUAUCGGCUUGCCUCCGGAGCAUGCCCUGAGAGCUACGGGUUGCAGGUAGCGCUCAUGGCUGGAAUCCCAGAGAAGACGGUAAACAUUGCUUCAAAGGCUAGCCAGCAGAUGAAAAAAUCAAUUGGAAGAACAUUCAGGUCAAGUGAACUGAGAUCUGAGUUCUCAACUCUUCAUGAAGAAUGGUUGAAGACCUUGAUGUCUAUCUCACGAAUGGAGGAUGGUAAAUCUUUUGAUGAAGAUGUUCUAGAUACAUUAAUCUGUUUGUGGUAUGAACUAAAAACUUCAUUUAGAUCAGGAAACUAGAGAUCUGGAGUAGGGUAGAUAAUCUGACUUUGAUAGGGCUACUUGUAAAAUUAUACCUGCUAGUCUCAAUUCCGAGUGAUGGGCGGUACAAGAAAAUGCUUUGUAAAUUUAUUAUUUGAAGACAUAAAUUGCACUUUUGGUCUUUCUA